AUGGUCCUCCCCUCCCCCUUCUCUCCCUCGGGCCCCCCUUCUCCCCCUUCUCUCCCUCGGGCCCCCCUUCUCCCCGUCCCUCCAUCCCUCCCAUCGCGCCAGGGGCAGGGGAGCGGAGGCAUGCGGGGAGGAGCUAAGCUGGUGCAUGUGGGGCACAAGCACGCAGGCAUCACGGCGCCCAUCUGCUGCUCUACUCACCGCAGCUAA